AGGGACAGCGUAACUCCCAGUAUCAGGUGUCAAAUCCCCUGAAAAGACGACGUGAUGUAGACAUGGACUGAGCUUUAGUAAAACAUCAUUCUCAUAAUCCUCUUUUUCUCUGUUUAAUUUGCAGGUGACAUGGAUCUUUCAGAUGCACUAGGUGGCCCUUGGCCCGGCCAGAACAACCCGCAGCAGUCCGGAGGACCCCUCUGGCCUGGGCAACCGAACCAGCCAGGCCAACCCAGCAGCAACCCCACCUGGCCCGGUCAACCCAGCCAACCAACAUGGCCGGGCCAACCCAACCAGCCCAGUCAGCCGACUUGGCCCGGACAGCCAAACCAACCCAGUCAGCCCACUUGGCCCGGACAGCCAAACCAACCCAGUCAGCCCACUUGGCCCGGCCAACCAAACCAACCGAGUCAGCCCACUUGGCCCGGCCAACCAAACCAACCUGGCCAGCCAACCCAGCCAUCCUGGCCUGCACAGCCGAAUGCACCUAGCUGGCCAGGCCCAAGUCCACCCACUGCUCCUCAGGUGUCCCCGCACAGACCACUGACUGUGCCAUAUGACCAGAAUUUGCCGAGAGGUCUGUACGACAAAACGCUCAUUACCAUCACUGGAAAUGUCAAGCCCCAUGCCAAAAAGAUUACAAUAAACCUGAGCAAAGGAAAGGAUAUUGCUUUCCACUUCAACCCCAGAUUCGAUGAGUAUGGGAAGAAAGUGAUUGUGAGGAACUCCAUGAUUGGAAGUCAGUGGGGCAAAGAAGAGAGAGACUGUCCUAGAUUCCCUUUUGUUGCUGGGCAACCUUUUGAGCUGAAGAUUCUCUGCAGCCAUAACGAGCUGAAGGUGGCUGUGAACAAGUCCCAUCUGCUGGAGUUCAGGCACAGGGUCAGGGAGCUCAACAUGAUCAAUGGCCUGAGCAUCUAUGACGACGUCACCCUCUCAUCCGUUAACAUUGAAACUUUGCCAUGAGGGUUUAUCCGCAUGACAAGGGGUUUCUACAACUCAUAUAAUGUGGGGAUAAUGCAAACUAUUAUUUUUAGAAAUCUUAGUUAGCCAUUUAAGGGCUAAAAGGGUCAUUAUUUACAAUUGUUUCCCAUUUCUACUAUUUCUAAGAUACGUUUGAGAGGUAACUUCAGUCAUCCUUUUAUUGGAUGUCAUGUUUUAGCCUACAUAAUUUUUUAUAUACAUUUUACACCUCAUUUGUAACAAUGUUUCUAAGUUAAUUGAUAGAUACAUAGCAUAUUGAGAUAUAAAAACAAUGAUGUGCUCCAUUUCAGUACAUGAUGUACUCAACGGCAGUAUCAAGUCAUAUGACCCAUCACCACUAGAUGGCGGUGUUAUGCCACAUGCAACAGGUUUGACAAGCAGAGUGUUUGUCAUAUCUGCCAUGAUGUGAUUUUUGUGUGAAUAUUCCGCCAAAUAUAUCUGUAAAAUAAUAUUAAACCAUUUUGUGGCAAGCUUA